AAAAAAAAAAAAAAAAAAAGAUAACUUUCCGUGGACUUUGGAUGAUUAUUAACCUUUUUGAAAAGUUAUACUGUAAAUACUUGCACUCAAUUUGAAUUAGUUUUAAGAUAAAUUAACAAUGUUUUCGCCGUGUACGAAGAAUUUGUUUUUGUCUUCGCAGUUACGGCGAUUACAAAGUACAUUGGUCAUAGCAGAGCACAAUAAUGCAGCUUUAACGCCAGUAACGCAAAAUACUCUUAGUGCGGCGAAGAAAAUCGGCGGACAAGUUUCAGUUCUUGUCGCUGGUACAAAAUGUGGACCAGCUGCAGAAGCUAUUUCAAAAGCAGGUGGAGUUUCAAAGGUGCUAGUUGCUGAGAGUGAUGCCUUCAAAGGGUUCACAGCGGAAGCUCUGACACCUCUAGUGCUAGCGACCCAGAAACAAUUCAAUUUCACACAUAUCUUGGCACCUGCAACUGCAUUUGGCAAGGCUUUACUUCCUAGAGUGGCCGCCAAGCUCGAUGUAUCACCAAUAACUGACAUCAUUGGUGUGAAAGAUGCUAACACUUUUAUCAGAACUAUCUAUGCAGGUAAUGCAAUUCUGACUUUGGAGGCCAAGGACGGUAUUAAAGUAAUCACAGUGAGAGGCACCGCAUUCCCUCCCGAGCCUCUAGAAGGAGGUUCAGGGGCUGUGGAGAAGGCUCCAGAUGGCAGCUAUAAGACUGACUUAGUGGAGUGGGUGUCACAGGAACUCACAAAGUCUGACCGACCAGAGCUUACUAGUGCCAAAAACAUUGUCUCUGGAGGUCGCGGCCUUAAGUCAGGGGAGAACUUCAAGCUGCUGUACGAUCUAGCGGACAAGCUGAACGCGGCCGUGGGCGCCUCCCGCGCCGCCGUCGACGCGGGCUUCGUGCCCAACGACCUGCAGAUCGGUCAGACCGGCAAGAUUGUUGCUCCGGACCUAUACAUCGCCGUGGGCAUCAGCGGUGCCAUUCAGCACCUGGCGGGCAUGAAAGACUCGAAGACCAUCGUCGCCAUCAACAAAGAUCCCGAAGCGCCCAUCUUCCAGGUAUCUGAUUUGGGCCUCGUUGCGGAUCUAUUCAAAGCUGUACCAGAGCUUACUUCUAAGCUGUAAAUAUUGUAAAUAUAAUUUUAGUUGCACAAUUUUAGAAACCUUUUGUAUCCCACUUUUAAGCCUACGAAUUUUCAUAUCAUGUAUUUGUUUUGUAACAAUGUACACCUAUGAAAAUUAUGUAUAAGGUUUAUUUGAAAUUGUAAAUAAAGUUAUAUUUUAUA